UGGCCGCAGAAGAAGAUGGCGUCGCGGAGGGGCUGGGCGCGAGCGUGCGGCCUCCCGGCUCUGCUGCCGCUGCUGCUGCUGCUGCUGGGGCCCCGGCUGGCGGCGAGCCAUGGCGGCAAGUACUCGCGGGAGAAGAACCAGCCCGAGCCAUCCCCGAAGCGCGAGCCCGGGGAGGAGUUUCGCAUGGAUAAGCUGAACCAGCUGUGGGCGAAGGCCCAGCGGCUGCAGCUCUCCCCCAUGAAGCUGGCCGAGCUCCAUGCCGAUCUGAAGAUGCAGGAGAGGGACGAGCUUGCCUGGAAGAAACUGAAGGUCGAAGGCCUGGACGAAGAUGGCGAGAAGGAAGCAAGACUCAGACGCAGCCUCAAUGUCAUUUUGGCCAAGUAUGGUCUGGAUGGGAAGAAGGACGUGCGGCAGGUGACCAGCAACUCCCUCAGUGACGGCCCUCAGGAAGGCGAGCUGGGCGACCCCAGGUUGGAGAAGCUGUGGCACAAGGCAAAGACCUCAGGGAAGUUCUCCAGCGAAGAACUGGACAAGCUGUGGCGCGAGUUUGUGCAUCACAAAGAGAAAGUUCACGAGUACAACGUCCUGCUGGAGACCCUGAGCCAAACUGAAGAAAUCCACGAGAACGUCAUCAGCCCCUCCGACCUGAGUGACAUCAAGGGCGAGGUCCUGCACAGCCGACAUGCAGAACUCAAGGACAGGCUGCGCAGCAUCCACCAGGGCCUGGACCGCCUGCGGACCGUCAGCCACCAGGGCUACAGCUCAGAGGCCGAGUUUGAGGAGCCCAGAGUGAUCGACCUAUGGGACUUGGCCAAGUCCGCCAACUUGACUGAGAAGGAGCUGGCGUCGCUUCGGGAAGAGCUGAAGCACUUUGAAGCCAAGAUCGAGAAGCACAACCACUACCAGAAGCAACUGGAGAUCGCCCAUGAGAAACUGAGGCAUGCGGAGAGCACGGGCGAUGGGGAGCGUGUGAGCCGUAGCAGGGAGAGGCACACACAGCUGGAGGGCAGGGCCAAGGAGCUGAGCUACACGGUAAAGAAGCACCUGCAGGACCUGUCGAGCAGGAUCUCCCGGGCUCGACACAAUGAGCUCUGACAGCAUCCAGGAGGCAGCCUGGCAGGGCAGGUGGCAUGAGGCCUAGGGUUCCCUGAGGCGGGCCCAGGGACGCAGGCUGUGGCAUUUAUAUGGACAGCUGGUGGUGAAGGUGGCAAGGCUGGCACAGAUGUCGUGGCAAGAAGGACCGUUUCAGAUGACUGUCCAGCUGCUGCUGCAAGACUGUGUGGCCAUCUUGGGCCUGAGAUUGGUCCCCGCUCUGACUGACAGGCCCUUGUUUUCUCUCAUGCCAGCAUGGCAGUCACCACUCCAGUGAGGACCUUGAUGUCCAGCUACCAGUCAGGUCUGACCAUCCUUUGCUGUGACAACAUUUGCUUACAACAAAUCUCUUAAGUCGACCACUGGAAAUAUUAAGUAUACAGUCCUUAAAAACAUGCCAGUAUUUAAACCAUC